AUGGGAGGCGAGCAGACCGGCGGCGCCGCCACCAAUCCGGCGCUGGCUCCGGACCUCGACUCCCCCGACUCGCCGGGGCUGGAGUUCGCUCAGUUCGCCGCCGGCUGCUUCUGGGGCGUGGAGCUCGCCUUCCAGCGCGUGGAGGGCGUCACCAAGACGGAGGUCGGCUACUCGCAGGGCCACCUCCAUGACCCUUCCUACACCGACGUGUGCACCGGCGUGACCGGCCAUGCGGAGGUCCUCCGCCUCCAGUUCGACCCCUCCGUCUGCUCCUACGAGGCCCUGCUUGCCCUCUUCUGGUCGCGCCACAACCCCACGACGCUCAAUCGCCAGGUAUUCGACCGAUCCCCUCCCCCACCCCCACUCAGAUCCCCAAAUUCCCAAACCCUAAUUCGCAAAUUCCCGAUCGAAUUGUGCCGAACAGGGGAACGAUGUGGGGACCCAGUACAGGUCGGGAAUCUACUUCUACGGGGAGGAGCAGCGGCGGAAGGCGGUGGAGUCGGCGGAGGCGAAGCAGGCGGAGAUGGGGAAGCCGGUGGUGACGGAGAUCCUGCCGGCGCGGAGGUUCUACCGGGCGGAGGAGUACCACCAGCAGUACCUGGAGAAGGGCGGCGGCAGGGGGGCGAAGCAGUCGGCUCGUAAGGGCUGCAACGAUCCCAUCCGCUGCUACGGCUGA